AUGGGUACCUCUUCUGGGCAUCAAGAGAAAACACUGCUUCUGGAACCUUUUGGGAGAAGAAGCAUUUUGGAGAAAUCUUGCCAAACAAUCCCCAUUGCUACAAAGGAGGCUGCUCAUCAGGUGUCUGUUGUCAGUGAGGCCUGCACACAGACUGAAGGGAGUGAUAACCAAAGAGUUCUGGAUGUUGAUCUCGGACCCCUCUUAGACUAUCCAGACCUGGGAGAAUUUCUGCAACGUGUAGAAGGAAUUAUGAUAAAGGAGUUAAAGAAGAACUGGAGAAGUCAUGCUUUUGAUGGUUAUGAAGUCAACUGGGAGGAUCAGAAUCAACUGGUGUCCUGCUUGCACACUCUGCAAUAUCCUAUAGCUGUGGAACGACAGCUCCAAGUCACCUCGGUCACUUGGAACUGCACAGGGUCGGUUAUUGCUUGUUCAUAUGGCAGGUUAGGUGAUGGAGACUGGAGUACAGAGAAGGCGUAUGUCUGCACGUGGAAUCUGGACCGCAGAGGCUUAAAACCAAAUAACCCUGAUGUCAUAUUGGAAGUGCCCAGCUCUGUUAUGUGCUUGGCCUUCCAUCCUUCACAACCAUCCCUCAUUGCUGGUGGCCUUUUUAAUGGUGAAGUUCUGCUUUGGGACACAAGUCGCACAGAUGAUCACUUGAUAGGAAGGACAGGACUCACAGCAGAUACGCAUACAGACGCAGUAUAUCAGGUUGUUUGGAUAAAAGAUAAGCCGCAGGGUAACAAGCUUCAGAUCAUGAGCAUCUCAUCAGAUGGGAAGAUCCUCGUGUGGCAGAUGGAGAAGGAGGGGCGAAUUGUUUUAUUGGAUGGAUUUGCUCUGGUAGCCCAGCAGAUACCCAACAACAUCAAGAUAAACAAGCACGGCCGUGGUGACAGUGCUGUUGGAGUGACCUGUCUCUCCUUCUCGCACUUUGACCAAAGCCUGUUCAUCGUGGGUGUUGAAGGUGGCUACUUGCUUAAAUGUUUUUCUGGAACACAGACUGCAGCUCUAGCCAGCACAUCAUCUUCGGUUCCUUUAAAAGCUCCAGCCCAAUUCACCUUUUGCCCUCAAGGUGGACCUGUACACUGUUUGGACUGCUCACCUUUCCAUAGAAACCUUUUUGUAAGUGCCGGAACGGACGGCCAUGCCCAUCUCUACUCUAUGCUUCAAGCCAAACCUUUGAUGUCACUCCAUCUCUCUGAUAAGUAUCUAUUUAGCAUUCGAUGGUCACCAGUGCGCCCUUUGGUUUUUGCUGCAGCCUCCGGUGAAGGGGAACUAUUGUUAUUUGACCUCGCAAAAAGCUCCCAGAAGCCUUCACUGUGCAUAAAGCAGACAGAUAAUGGAAGACCCAUUUACUGCCUUGAGUUCAAUCGUUCACAGAAAAAGCUGCUGGCAGCUGGCGACGCAAAUGGCUUCAUAAAGAUAUGGCAGUUAAGCUCUGAUUUUACAGAACAAGGAGCCAGAGAGCUGGUAAUACUUGAUGGCAUAUCCAGCGAGAUCACAGACUAACUGCUGGGAUAAAAGACUAUUGCUGCUUAUCUUGUUCAUAUCUCUUAUUAAUUAUCAGACUCGAAGGGGGAAAUAAACUAGUAAAAUAAAGUUGUUUUUUUAAAUUUAAUUAGUUCAUGAAUGCUAUUGCCCUAUGGAUAUUAGUGUGUGUG